UUUUUUUUGUUUUGCGACGACGACAACAGGCACAUCAACACACACCCAUCUUCCUGUCCUUCUUCCGCACCCUGCUGGCUUGCUUGCUACCCUUGCUUGCUGCCCUUGCUUGCACCCACCUCUCCUUCGUCUCCUCGUCUCCUCGUCUCCUGUCCUGCCUUCCUCUACCUGUCACGCACACACACGCACACGGCACCAUGUAUCUUGGUGGGGUGUCCGUUGCCUAUGAGAAGGAGAGGACGCCGCCAGAGUGGUCGGUGGUGCCCAAAACCGUCAAUGGGCACGAUGCGGACCUCAACGCUGGCACAAAGCUGCCCCUCCUCGGCGGUGCAAAGAUGUACAUAUGCGUUCGCCCACUCAACCACCAGGACAGCCACUACAUCACCAAUGUGACUGUCAUCCACGAAGGCAAAGAGGCUGUUCCCCUCGGGCACGAGGUUGUUCGCCGCUCCGUCUCAGGCAAAGAUGCAAACCUCAACGCCAAGUCUGGUGGAUCCAAACUGUAUCUCUGCGUCAAGCGUGAGCCCCGAUACACGAUGUCGACGUUGACCAUCUCCGGCGACGCGUCGUUUGUUGACGUCGAUCAAAAGUAUGCGUAUUCGUUUGAGCGGGAGCUCAGGAUCAAGGCCGGAUGA